UUAGUAGCUCAUAAUCUUAGAGCAAUUUGAAGGAUUCACAGCCGAACAUGGCCUUAGGUAGCCUCAGCCUCUUUCGAGCACUUCUCUUCUUGUCCCUCACGGCCUCGGCUCUCUCGACGCGCCCCUACAAGAAUGGUCUCUCGCCAGACUUCUACGACUAUGUCUGCCCUCAAGCCUUGCCCACCAUCAAGCGUGUCGUCGAGGCAGCGGUGCAGCAAGAAAGACGCAUGGGCGCUUCCUUGCUGCGCUUGCACUUCCACGAUUGUUUUGUCAAUGGUUGUGAUAGGUCGAUACUUUUGGAUCCAACCCCAACCAUUGACAGCGAAAAGCUUGCGUUUCCUAAUAACAAUUCAGCUAGAGGAUUCGAAGUGAUCGACCAAAUUAAGGCAGAGGUUGACAGAGUAUGCGGACGUCCGGUGGUAUCUUGUGCGGACAUUUUGGCUGUCACUGCUCGUGACUCCGUUGUUGAGUUAGGGGGGCCUUCGUGGAAAGUACGACUUGGACGAAGAGACUCGAUGACGGCGAGCAGGACAACGGCAAACAGCGACAUUCCUGCGCCAAACAUGGACUUACCUGCCUUAAUUAACAAUUUCAAGAGACAAGGUCUUAAGGUCAAGGACUUGGUUGCACUAAGCGGUGCUCACACGAUUGGCUUCGCACAGUGCCGUGUUUUCAGGGACAGGAUAUACAAUGACAGCAACAUCAACCACGCUUUUGCGAAGAACCUCCAGUCCUCCUGCCCACGCACGGGAAGCGACACAAACCUUGCAAGUUUAGAUCCAUCGCCGGCGCGUUUUGACACGUUGUACUACAAUAACCUGUUGACCCAGAAGGGCCUUCUUCACUCUGAUCAGGCACUUUCAACUGAUGAAUCCACACUUGAGCUAGUGAAGAGUUAUAGCUACGAUUAUGAUGCAUUCUGGAAGGAUUUCGCUAAAUCGAUGGUCAGAAUGGGAAACAUCAAGCCGUUGAUCGGCAACCAAGGUCAAAUCCGCUCAAACUGCCGGAGAGUGAAUUGAAUUCAGAAUAGUUUGAAGCCACUGAUUUCAUUAAAUAACGCCGAGUUGUCAUCAUUUUUUAUUUUUUAUUUUUACUUGUUGGUCGAAAGUGUACCA